UUGUUUCAGGUGCAGCUAGAUCCUAAUGCCGUGGAAAAGUUGGUGGUUAACGCAUCUGAUUUCGAGUACGCACUGGAAAAUGAUAUCAAACCGGCCUUUGGACGAAGUGAUGAAUCUCUCGAAAAAUUCUUAAGACGGGGCAUGGUUGUAUGGGGUAGCGAGGUAACAAAAAUCCUUGAAGAGGGUCAGAGACUCGUUGAAGAAACUGUCAAUCCAGAUGCUGGAGGAUUUGUUACAGCUGUACUUGCUGGUGCUCCAAGAACGGGAAAGAGUUUCUUGGCUGCGGAAAUAGCUAGAGCAUCAGAUUUCCCAUUGAUCAAGGUAAGACAUUCAUGA